CUUUAUUUACAAAUAGCCAAUAAUUAUGAAAUAUAAAUUAUUUCUGGUAUGAUGUUGUUUUAAAUUGUAUAAGUUAGCUAUUAACUAUUAUCGUUAAACGUAAAAGUAAUUUGUAUAAUAUUAUUAUAGUUUUAGUGGUAGUCGAAUUAAAUGAAAAAUGGAUAAAACGAAACAGACGGUAAAGUCUAUACCGUUAUUGAAAACUAAAGCGGGUCCUCGUGAUGUCGAUUUAUGGCCACAAAGACUGAAAGAAGAAUACCAGUCGCUAAUCCAAUAUGUUCAAAAUAAUAAAGCAGCCGACAACGAUUGGUUUCGCUUAGAGUCGAACAAAGAGGGCACCAAAUGGUUCGGAAAGUGCUGGGUAUUUCACAACCAGCUGAAGUAUGAAUUCGAUAUAGAGUUUGACAUUCCCGUAACGUUUCCAAUGACAGCUCCUGAAAUUGCGCUGCCUGAGUUGGAUGGUAAAACUGCUAAAAUGUAUAGAGGAGGGAAGAUAUGCUUGUCCGACCAUUUCAAACCACUGUGGGCAAGAAAUGUACCUAAGUUUGGCAUAUCUCACGCAUUAGCUCUCGGUUUGGGACCGUGGUUAGCAGUUGAAAUCCCCGAGUUAAUACAAAGAGGAGUAGUGGAAUAUAAAGAAAAAGACGAAAAGUAAAAAGUAAUGGAAUUGUUUUCAAGAAAAUGUUGCGUAUAAAUUUUAACUGAUAAUUGUUGUGAAAAUGUUAUUAUUGUAAAUUUUAUAGUUUAUACCGUGUAAACUAUUUAAUGUUUAUAUGUAUACUUAAAUGUAAAAUUUUAAAAAUGAAGUGGGCUUAUGCAAAAUUAAAUAAU